AUGGAGGCGUUCAGCAACAUGGGAAACCACUUGGUUUCCAACUCCGCAGCCGCCAUCAACGCCAUCGAUGACAUCUCGACAGUUGAUCCAGAUGAGAGCGUCCUCAGCCUGGCUAAGGGUCCCAGAAGACGUCAACAUGACGACGAUGAGUCCGAAAGCAUCGAGGAAGAUGACCUUGAGAGCCUCGCUUCUGCUGCAGUUGAUGCGAACGGCAAGAAACAUGUCCAGAAGGCGGAAGAAGAGAAGGAGCUGCCUCCACACGCCUGCGCCUACUGCGGCAUCCACAAUCCAAGCAGCGUGGUGCGCUGUCUGACAUGCUCCAAAUGGUUUUGCGCCGCACGUGGAAAUACUUCCUCCUCUCAUAUUGUCAACCAUCUAGUUCGAGCCCGCCACAAAGAAGUCCAACUUCAUCCAAGCAGCUCUCUUGGUGACACAGUCUUAGAAUGUUACAAUUGCGGGACAAAAAAUGUCUUUUUACUUGGCUUUAUCCCCGCAAAAUCAGACACCGUCGUUGUCCUUCUUUGCCGACAGCCUUGCGCUGCAAUGCCGUCCUCCAAAGAUAUGAAUUGGGACACUUCAAGAUGGCAGCCUUUGAUCGAAGAUCGUUCUUUCCUUUCUUGGCUUGUCGCACAACCUACCGACCAAGAACAACUCCGUGCGAGACAUUUGAGUCCUCAAAUGAUUGCGAAACUGGAGGAGCUCUGGAAGGAAGAUGCCAAUGCCACCAUCACCGACCUUGAGAAAGCCGCAAACAUUGACGACGAGCCUGCUCCGGUCCUUCUGCGCUACGAUGACGCCUACCAAUACCAGAACGUAUUUGGCCCCUUGGUCAAGAUCGAGGCUGAUUACGAUCGCAAGUUGAAGGAGAGCCAAUCGCAGGACAAUCUUGUUGUCCGAUGGGAUCUCGGUCUCAACAACAAGCACUUGGCAAGUUUCGUUUUGCCGAAACUUGAAUUGGGCGAUGUCAAGCUGGCAGUGGGAGACGAAAUGCGACUCAAAUAUACUGGGGAUUUGCGACCAGCCUGGGAAGGUGUGGGUUAUGUGAUCAAGAUCCCCAACAACCAGUCGGAUGAAGUCACAAUUGAGUUGCGAUCAAAGGGUGACCACAAGUCCGUCCCAACUGAAUGUACACACAACUUCACGGCAGACUAUGUUUGGAAGGCCACAUCCUUCGACCGUAUGCAGCUCGCCAUGAAGACCUUCGCUAUCGACGAGAUGAGUGUCUCUGGCUACAUUUUCCACCGCCUUCUCGGCCACGAAGUUGCUGCAGCUCCCAUGAAGACCCAGCUGCCCAAAAAGUUCAGUGUACCUGGUCUGCCAGAGCUCAAUGGCAGCCAAAUCAAUGCGGUUAAAUCCGUCUUGCAGAAGCCUCUCAGCUUAAUUCAAGGCCCACCAGGCACUGGCAAGACCGUGACAUCUGCUACCAUUAUUUACCAUUUGUCCAAGAUAAAUGGCGGCCAAGUCUUGGUUUGUGCGCCCUCUAACGUGGCUGUCGAUCAGCUUUGCGAGCGCAUACACCGCACGGGACUGAAGACUGUGCGAGUGACUGCGAAAUCCCGAGAAGAUGUGGAAUCGUCUGUCGGAUUUCUCUCCUUGCAUGAACAGGUCCGCAUGAAUGACAGCAACGUCGAAUUGGCGAAGCUGAAUCAACUCAAAUCAGAGUUGGGUGAAUUAUCAAGCCAAGAUGAGAAAAAGUACAAGUCGUUAACCCGAGCGGCUGAACGAGAGAUUCUGCAGAAUGCUGAUGUCAUCUGUUGCACUUGCGUCGGUGCUGGGGAUCCCAGACUUGCUAAGUUCAAGUUCCGCACCGUCCUGAUUGAUGAAUCAACCCAGUCAGCAGAGCCGGAAUGCAUGAUACCCCUGGUUCUUGGCUGCAAGCAAGUCGUCCUUGUGGGUGACCAUCAGCAAUUAGGACCUGUCAUCAUGAACAAGAAAGCUGCAAAGGCCGGUCUUAAUCAAUCUCUCUUCGAGCGUCUCGUCAUACUCGGCUGUGCGCCGAUUCGGUUGAAUAUCCAGUAUCGUAUGCAUCCCUGCCUGUCGGAAUUUCCGUCAAACAUGUUCUACGAAGGGUCUCUUCAAAAUGGCGUUACCGUGCAGUACCGUCUCCGGAAAGAUGUGGAUUUCCCCUGGCCCGUUCAAGAUGCACCAAUGAUGUUCUGGUCGAACCUUGGAAACGAAGAAAUUUCGGCGUCAGGUACCUCAUAUCUCAACCGUACUGAAGCGGCCAAUGUGGAAAAAAUCGUCACCCGCUUCUUCAAAGCUGGCGUGAAGCCCUCGGACAUUGGCGUCAUUACCCCGUAUGAAGGCCAGCGCAGCUACAUUGUGAGCUCGAUGCAAGCCACCGGGUCGUUCAAAAAGGAAAUGUACAAGGAGAUUGAGGUCGCUUCGGUCGACGCUUUCCAGGGACGGGAGAAAGACUUCAUCAUCCUAUCUUGCGUCCGAUCGAACGACCAUCAGGGCAUUGGCUUCUUGAGUGAUCCCCGUCGCUUGAAUGUGGCCAUGACUCGAGCCAAGUACGGUUUCGUAAUCCUUGGUAAUCCCAAAGUUCUGUCAAAGCACCCGCUCUGGCACUAUCUCUUACUACAUUUUAAGGAACGCAACUGUCUGGUCGAAGGCCCUCUGAACAACCUCCAGGUAUCUCUGCACCAAUUCAGCCGACCUAAACAGUCCUACCGGGGACCACAACGUUAUCAAAUGGCGUACAAUCAUGCUAGUCAUAUGGCGAGCGGUAUGAUGAAUGGUCGUCCGGCUCCGCGCAAUGAUUACCGUGAGCCAGCAGGCUCGGUCGUUGGUUACAUACCGGAUGACGUCUCUUCCAUCCAUUCAUCGGCCAUGGGCGGCGUAGGAGUUCUAGCAGGCUAUCCACCAAUGUUCCAAGGAUUCACGCCCGAUGCAUGGCCCACGCUUCAGAAUACUCACGCUCGUCGUCAAAACGGAGUCAAAGUAAGGGCAGUCCCGAGUAGUGUGGCCGGAGAAUCUACAGUGGCGACCGAGUCCGACAUCACCGGCAGCGUUCUUGGACAAGGUGGAGUCAGUCUGGAACAAUUGUCCAUUCAUGACACCAACAAGCAGCCAAGUUACAACCAGGCCGAUCGACUAAAGAGAUAUGUCGAAGGGAGUGUCCCUGCGCCUGGCGGCUAUGUGUCCAACCACAAGCUCGGCAAGGUUGUGCAUGAGGACGAAGACGCCAGGAGUGUUUCGACCGCAUUUGCCAGUCAGGUUGGUGGCAGCUACGACUGA